AAGUAAAACGAGCAACCGAGAAAGAAAGAAACAAAAUCAAGAACAAGAAUGGAGGAUUUAUGGAAGCGAGCGAAGAAUUUCGCCGAGGAAGCGGCGAAGAAAUCUCAGACCCUGAGGAACUCCUCCGUCAACAUCUCCGACCUCGUCUCCGAGACCGCCCAGAGAUCCAGGGAAUUGGCCGCCGAGGCCUCCAAGAAGGCCGAUCUCCUCAAGACGGCGGCGCUCAAGCAGGCCGAUCAGAUCAAGUCCUCCCUCUCAUCCUCCGACAUCAUCGCCAUUCCCCCUCAGCUCUCUCAGCUCUCCCUCGCCGCCACAUUUCCGUCUUCCUCCGCGGCGGAGGCCUCGCCGUCGCCGUCGGACCUGCUCAAGUUCGGGAUCACCGACGAUCUCACCGACUUUGUCAAGGGACUCACUUCCACCACUUUCCAGAGCUUUCCUUUCCAAGAUGAACCGGAGAAGUCUGAACCGGAUGCGCCGACGACGGCGUCGAAUGUGAGGAAAGAUCUGACGGAAUGGCAGGAGAAACACGCUACUCUGGUCCUCACUACUGUUAAGCAAAUUUCAAAGUUAAGAUAUGAAUUGUGCCCACGUGUUAUGAAAGAAAGGAGGUUCUGGAAGAUAUAUUUCACUCUUGUUAACAGCUAUGUUGCCCCAUAUGAGAAGCAAUACAUGGAGGAGGUUAAGCACAGAGAAGUGGAGCAAAAGAAAGACGAUAACAUGAAUCAAACAUCUGCAGUUGACAGAACUGACAAAGAAGAAGAAAAGGACAAGAACCUGAAGAAUAAAACAUCCAAGUCAUCAUCAGCUGAGCAGGACUUGGAUACUUUCCUAUUGGGAGAUCUUGAAGACAGUGAUGGGGGGCCUGAUGAUGGUGAAGAGAGCUUCGAUGAUGAUUUCGACAAGAUUGACAAUUCAGAUGUUGAAGAUGAGAAGAAUACGAAGAAAUGAGAGCUGCUGUAGAGAGAUUCUGUAGUAAAAGCAAAACUUAUGUGGAAAGACCAAAUGAAGUCCAGCAGUUGUUGAUAUCACACAUCACAAGUUGAAUUUGCUGUUUUGUCUUGUUUCAAAUUUUGGCUACUUGGUACACGAAGUAGAUGUCUUUUGAGCUUAUUCGUUCAUUUAUAUUUGCUAUAAGCAAACAGGUUAUAACCCCUGUUUGUCAUAAUCUUCAACCAUAUUCAAAACCAAUUAGCUUGUCCUGUACAGCCUAUUUAAUUCCU